AUGCGCGCCAUCAAUGCUGCACAGCUGCUCGGCAUCAUUGCAUGCACAGUCCCCUUGACGAAGUCACAGUCUCUCGGAUUCGAUGUCCGCGAAGCUACCAUCUCAUCUCUACACGCUUCGUUGUUCUCUGGCGUCACAACGUGCCGCGACAUCGUGAGUUCCUUCAUCGCUAGGAUUGAGCGCUUCGAUCCCGACAUCAACGCCAUCAUAGCACUGAACCCAGACGCGCUGUCGAUUGCUGACUCGCUCGACACGGCCUUGUCCAGCGGGAACGCCACGGGGUCACUCUUCUGUAUUCCCAUCCUGCUCAAGGACAACUACGACGCCACCCCCAUGCCAUCAACGGGGGGUUGUCUCGCUCUCAACUCGUCUCUGCCGGCCCAUGAUGCCCCGACCGUAUCGGCCCUUCGCAAUGCAGGCGCAGUCAUCCUCGGUAAAGCGAACCUCCACGAGCUCGCACUAGAGGGUCUCUCGGUAUCCAGUCUCGGCGGUCAGACUUUGAACCCCUACGACUUCAGCCGCACCCCAGGCGGCAGUUCCGGGGGCACAGGCGCGGCCGUCGCAGCGUCGUUUGCAGUCUUCGGCACGGGCACCGACACAGUCAACUCUCUGCGGUCCCCGGCGAGCGCAAACUCCCUCUUCUCCUUCCGUCCGACGAGAGGUCUGAUCUCGCGCGCCGGCGUCAUCCCCAUCUCCUACACCCAAGACACGGUCGGCGCGAUAGGUCGAUGCUUACACGACAUCGCCACCGCCCUGACCGUCAUGUCCAGCGUCGGGUACGAUGCACGCGACAACGUAACGUCGGCGGCGCCCCCCUCGAUCGUCGGGACAGACUACACGACGUUCCUCUCCCCCCUCAACAACCUCACGGGCUUGCGCAUCGGCGUGCUCGAAGGCUUCAUCAACCGCACCGCCACCAACGAGACCACGCCCGUCACCUCGGCCGUGUCCACUGUGCUCGCCCUCUUGCAGUCCCAGGGCGCGACCGUCGUCAACAUCACCGAACCCAUCUACAACGCCUCGGCCAUCUCGUCCGCAAUGGACGUGCAACCGUUCGAGUACCGCGAGGGCCUGACGUCCUACCUCUCCUCGCCGGACCUGAAGGGCGCGCACCCGUCGAGCAUGGCCGAUCUGUACACCAGGGGCAACGGCACCUCGACCGGCACGGCGCCCGACUUCCUCGUCAUCCCCAGCGAGUACGCGUACCUCGAGUCGAGCCUGCGCUCGUCGACCGGGAACGCGAGCUACCUCGCGCGACAAGCGCUGAUCGCCAACCUGACGCGCACUUUGCACUCGACGUUCCUGUCGCACGGCCUCGACGCCAUCGUCUACCCGGAGCAGAAGAACCUCGUGGUGCCCGUCGGCUCCGCGUCGCAGUCGGGCCGCAACGGCAUCCUGGCCGCCGUCACGGGGAGUCCCGUGAUCACGAUCCCCGUCGGCUUCUCGCCCGCCACGGCGUCCGCGCCCAUCGGCAUCCCCAUCGGCAUGGAACUCCUGGGCCUGCCCUUCACCGAGGGCCCGUUGCUGAAGCUGGCAAAGGGCAUAGACGACCGCCUGCACGCGCGCAGGAUGCCCGUGACCAACGGCCUGAACGAGACAAUCGACGUCACGACCGCCGCGUACACGAGCGUUCCCAAAGUGAGACCUCUCCACAACAUUCCGAGUCAGUAUCCGCUCGGCGUUUACUGA